AUGUGUGGCCGAUAUGCCCUGGCCUUGCGGCCGUCCGAGGUCCGCCAGCAGCUGCUGCAGGCGCAGAUGCCAGUAGAGGACGCGCCCGAGGACGACGAGGUCCGCCAGAGCUACAACUUCGCCCCAGGCUACCACGGCCUCGUGUACCGAGCAGACGGUCCCGAACAUGGCGGUCAGCACGGCGGCCAGCACGGCGACAAGGAAGAGGAAGGCGCAGAGGUCAAGACGGAAGGUGCGACAGACACCAAGUACAAGCUCCAGGCGAUGCAAUGGGGACUCGUCCCGUUCUGGACCAAACGCAACCCGGACUACGGCAGCAAGAUGAAGACGAUCAACUGCCGCGACGACUCGCUCAUCGAAGACCGCGGCAUGUGGACCACGAUGAAGAAGAAGAAGCGCUGCAUCAUCGUUGCGCAGGGCUUCUACGAGUGGCUGAAGAAGGGCAACCAGAAGCUGCCGCACUUCACCAAGCGCAAGGACGGCCAGCUCAUGUGCCUCGCGGGCCUUUGGGACAUGGUCCAGUUUGAGGGUGACGAGAAGCUCUAUACGUACUCCAUCAUCACCACCGACUCGAACAAACAACUCAACUUUCUGCACGACCGCAUGCCCGUCAUCCUCGACAACGGCUCCGACGCCGUCCGGACGUGGCUUGAUCCCGCGCGCACAGAAUGGUCCGAAGACUUGCAGUCGCUGCUCAAGCCAUACCAUGGCGAGCUCGAGUGCUACGCGGUGAGCAAGGAUGUCGGCAAAGUCGGGAACAACUCGCCCACCUUCCUCGUGCCCAUUGACUCUGCAGAGAACAAGAACAAUAUUGCCAACUUCUUCGGUAACCAACAAAAGGCCGCCAAAUCCAAGGCCGACAAGCGGACUGCUGAGAAGGCUGACCAUGACCUCGCCAACUCGACGAUGCGGGACGGCACUGUAAAGAUAGAACACGACGUCGACGAAACCCGUGCGACGACGGACCGCGUGGAAGGAACCGAAGAUAACGCGCCAUUGCCUGUUCCAGCAACCCCAAAAGGCAUCAAACGUGAGCGCAAUGAAGCCGAAGAUGACGGUAACACAGCAGCCGUCGAACCACCCGAGAAGAUGCGCAAAACGGCAUCUCCCGCGAACAAGGCCAGCGUCUCGCCAACGAAAACGUCGGCAAAGAAGCAAGCAAAGACGUCCAAGGGCGACGGCAGCCAGAAGAUUACAUCCUUCUUCAGUAACAAGUGA